AUGGUGACCUUGAAGGGCUUGGCCGUCCGCGACAACAAUCUCGAAGGCGAGCUUCCCGCUACCAUCACAUCGCUCAGGAAUCUCCAAUACCUCGCCCUGUCUGACAACAACUUCACCGGCACCAUACCGCCGGACCUUGGCAAGGGGCUAAACUUAACCGUCGUGAGCUUGGGGCACAACAGCUUCUCCGGCGAGCUGCCGCAGAGUCUAUGUGACGGUCUCAAGCUGCAAAACUUCACGGCACACCGCAACAACUUCAGCGGCAGGCUGCCAUCGUGCCUCAAAAAUUGCACGGCGCUGCUGCGGGUGCUGCUGGAAGGCAACCAAUUCACCGGCGACAUCUCCGAGGUGUUUGGUGUCCAUCCCAACUUGGAAUACCUCGAUGUCUCGGGGAAUCAGCUGACAGGCAACUUAUCAUCGUCUGAUUGGUCACAGUGCACCAAUCUUACACGCUUACACAUGAACGAUAAUCGAAUAUCUGGCAACAUUCAUGAAACCUUCUGCGGAUUGACAUCUCUCCAGGAUCUGGACCUAUCAAAUAACCAACUCACCGGGGAGCUCCCAAAUUGCUGGUGGGAAUUCAAACUUAUGGUUGCUAUGGAUUUGUCCAAGAAUAGAUUUUCAGGUGAGCUUCCUAUAUCAACGAGCCUGGGCCUCAAACUCCAGUCCCUUGGUCUUGCUAACAAUAACUUUCUUGGAGUUUUUCCAUCCGUAAUUGAAACCUGCAGAUCACUCGUCAUCCUAGAUCUUGGGAACAACAUGUUCUUGGGUGAUAUCCCCUCUUGGGUUGGAACGAGUGUUCCUCUUCUAACAGUUCUGAGCCUCCCAUCCAACAACUUCAGUGGUGUCGUUCCACCCGAGUUAUCCCAACUUUCUAAUCUGCAAGUCAUGGACCUGUCCAACAACUCCUUCUCAGGUGAGCUCCACAUGGACAUGCCAAACCACAAUUGCUCCCUUGAGUCGUUUCAUAUUGCAGGCAAUGGCUUCAUGGGCGCCUUCCCGCCGUUCCUCCAAGGCUGCAUCUCCCUGUCCACCCUGGACAUCGGGAACAACCAGUUCUUUGGUGGUAUCCCUACAUGGAUUGGGAGUCAGCUUCCAUCACUGAAAAUCCUCAGACUUAGAUCAAACAAUUUCACCGGAGAAAUCCCCACGGACUUAUCAAGUCUUUUGCAACUCCAGCUGCUCGAUAUGGCCAACAAUAGCUUGACAGGAUCAAUUCCGGUAGCCUUCGGAAACUUGAACUCCAUGAGGCAUAAUCUUCCCCCAUCUGUCCAACCAAUUCCGGUCCUCACUGGAACAAGUCACCUGUAUACAAGAAGGGCCGUGAACAAACUUUUCAGAAAAGCAUCGGGUUAA